CUCACACACUCACCCACUCAUUCACUCAGUCAACCACUCAUUCAUUCACUCAUUCACUGUACCACCCGCUCACCCGCUGGUGACGUGCAAACUGUACAAGGCCAUGUGCAGCGAAGCGUCGCUCACGGACGUCGUGGAUGACGUCUCUCAGGAGCUCGAUAGCAACUCCAAGGAGUUUGGCCAGCUGGCCGUCGACCUCCUGGACCAGGUGUACCGGCAGGACGAGCAGGUGGCCAUGCGUCUACUCACGUACGAGCUCAAGAACUGGAGCAACUCCACCUGCCUCAAGCUCGCUGUGGCCGGCAAGCAGCGAGACUUCAUAGCACACACGUGCAGCCAGAUGCUGCUCACCGACAUGUGGAUGGGUGGGCUACGGGUUCGCAAGAACACCUUCCUCAAGGUGAUCAUGGGGAUCUUGAUCCCGCCCAGCAUCCUGGCGCUGGAGUACCGUGGCCGUGAGGGCGCCUACACAGCCGGCGACGAUCCUCCCUCCGCCACGCCUGAUGAUGCAGCGGGCGGACUUGGCGCGGUGCCUCAGAGGCCGCCACCUCGUCACGACGAGCACCCUGUGGACACUCUGCCUCCACCACACUGCGGGGACACCCUCGGAGGCGGUGGAGGCGGCGGUGGAGGCGGUGGAGGCGGUGGAGGCGGUGGCGGCGGCGAGGACGAGGAGGAGGGGGGAGUUGGAGCGGGGGGAGGAUGGAGCGGGGUCCGGGUGAGGGUGAGGGGCAUUGCCCUGCUCAACAAAGUCUAUGACUUCUACAGCGCCCCCAUCGUCAAGUUCUGGUUCCAUACGCUGGCCUACGUAGCGUACUUGAUGCUCUUCAACUACGUGGUGCUGGUGAGGAUGGAACGGUGGCCGUCGGCCCAAGAGGCUUUCAUCAUCGCCUACAUCCUCACGAUGGCGCUGGAGAAAGUCAGAGAGAUCGUGAUGUCGGAGCCCGGCAAGCUCUCGCAGAAGGUGAAGGUUUGGCUGCAGGAGUAUUGGAACAUCACGGACGCCGUGGCCAUCACAGUGUUCGUGAUGGGUGUCUCGCUGCGGCUUCAGGAUCAGCCCUUCAUGAGCUACGGCCGUGUCAUCUACUGUGUGGACAUCAUCUUCUGGUACAUUCGCCUGCUCGACAUAUUCGGCGUCAACAAGUACCUGGGGCCCUACGUCAUGAUGAUCGGCAAGAUGAUGAUCGACAUGCUGUACUUCGUCAUCAUCAUGCUCGUGGUGCUGAUGAGCUUCGGCGUGGCGAGACAGGCGAUCCUGCACCCCGACGAGGAGCCGACAUGGCGCCUGGCCAGGAACAUAUUUUAUAUGCCCUACUGGAUGAUCUACGGCGAGGUCUUCGCUGAUCAGAUUGACCUGUUCGCUAUGGAGAUCAAUCCGCCGUGUGGCGACAAUCUCUACGAUGACGACGGUAAGAGAAUGCCGCGGUGCAUCCCCGGAGCUUGGAUCACGCCGGCCAUCAUGGCCUGCUACCUCCUCGUCGCGAACAUCCUCCUCGUCAACCUCCUCAUCGCCGUCUUCAACAACACCUUCUUCGAGGUGAAAUCCAUCUCGAACCAGGUGUGGAAGUUCCAACGCUACCAGCUGAUCAUGACCUUCCACGAGCGUCCCGUGCUCCCACCACCUCUCAUCAUUCUCUCCCACCUGAGCCUCCUCGCCAAGUACCUCUGCUGCCGUCUCAGGCGUCACCACGAUGGAGGUGGUGGUGGUGGCGGCGGUGGCGGUGGUGGUGGGAGUCGUGCAGGAGCAGGAGCAGGAGGAGGAAGAGGAGGAGCAGCAGGAGCCGAAACGGACGAUCGCGAAGGAGCUCUGAAGCUGGUGCUGACCGACGAGGAGAUGAAGAGGCUGCUGGAUCUGGAGGAGCAGUGCGUGGAAGACUACUUCACUGACAAAGAGGAACGAUUCACCUCCUCGACCGAUGAGCGGAUCCGCAUCACCACGGAGAGGGUGGAGAACAUGGCGAUGCGCCUCGAGGAGGUGAACGAGCGCGAGCACUUCAUGAAGGCCUCGAUCCAGACGGUGGACCUGCGGCUCGCCCAGCUCGAGGAGGCCACGUCCCGGAUCGCCGGCGCCCUCGAGCGCCUGGCGCCGGGCGGCGCCGACGCCGCCGCCGCCGCCGCGGCCGCCGCCGGGCCGGCCCGGCUGCACUCCCGCAGCUCGUCGGACGGUCCCGGCGGCGGCGGCGGCGGCGGCGGCGGCCCCGGCGGAGGAGCGGGAGACCGCUGCCGCCGCGGUAGUGUCGGCAGCGGCGGCAGCCUCUUCCGCCUGGAGACGCCGGCGCUCCACCGCCGGGCCGCCUCGGAGCGCCGGGCGGCGUCUCCCAGCGCGACGCCGGCGCCGGCCGCCGGCGUGACGACGCCGCCGCCCUACUCCUUUCACCUGAUGCACCGGCGCGACCGGGACGGCGGCGCCGGCGGCGGCGGCGGCGGCGACGGCGCCGGCACGCCGCCCUGGCCUGGCUGGACGCCGGCCGGCGACGGCUACCAGAAGGAGCGCUCCAUGAGCCUGCACCACGCCACCAGCGCCUUCUCGGUGGCCCGCCGCCGCAGCGGCUACGCCAGCGCCGGCUGCAGCUUCCGCCGGGAGUCCGGCGGCUGCGGCUUCGGCGGCUUCGGCGGCUUCGGCGGCGGCGGCGGCGGCGUCGGCGUCGCCGGCGGCUCCUUCAACGAGCGCCGGCGGCACCGCCUCGGCUCCUGCAUCGACAUCUUCGUGUCGGACGACUCUUCGGCUCCGCCGCCGCCGCCGGCGGGCGCGGCGUCGUCGGCGGGCGACCACUCCCGCCGGCGCUUCCGCUCGGCGUCGCCGUCGCCGUCGCCGUCGGCGUCGCCCUCCCUCUCGCUGGCGCCCGCCGACGCGGCCGCGGCCGCCCUCGCGGCCGCCUCCUGCCGCCCAGAGGGCCGCUCGGCGUCUCGCUCCUGCCCGCUGGAGCGCUCCAAGAGCAACCGCUACCUCGUGGUGGCGCCCGUGCCCGGCCUCUUCUACGGCGGCGGGGCGGCGCCGGCGGCGGCGGCGGCGGCGGCGCCGGAGUCCCCUCCGCCCGCCGCCGGCGGCAACGGCGACCAGUGCGACCUGACUCCGACGCGUCUCGAGCCCGAGCUGUGCCCGCUGCUGGUCCGCUCGCGCAGCCUCAUGCUGCCGCCGCCGGCGCCGCCGCCGCCGCCGGCGCUCGCCAAGUCGCCGCGGAACUCCGAGUACACCACCAUCGUGGACUGCAUCGACACCAGCUGCGUCGCCGGCGGCUCCGGCGGCGGCUCCGGCGGGGGGAGCGACGAGCGGCCGUGCGGUUCGGGGGCCGCGGGCGGCGGCGGCGGCGGCGGCGGCCGCUCGUCGCCGGACCCCGUGUGCCGCUUGGGCGUCCCCGGCACCCUGGGCUGCUCGCAGGCGGAGCGCGAGGCCGAGCUGGGUAGCACGGCCGCGUCGGACGCCGAGUCCGACGUGGACUCGGGCCGCUCGGCGGCGGCGAGCCAGUCCAUCGGGGAGAGGAUGGACUGGCCCGGCGGCGACGCCGGCGGCGGCUCCUCCUCCUCCUCUACCGGCGCGGCCGCGCUGCUGAGGAGCCAGUCCCAGCGCAGGCAGCGGCGAGACCCCGGUGAACCCGCCGAGACUUUCUGCUGA